UGUGUUGUGAAUGGGGAGCUUUGUGUCGGAGAAGGUUUUGGCGGCGACCCAGGAGAAUGUGAGGCACGCCAUAGCUGCGCUCCGCCGAGGCGAUGUCAUCUCCGUCCCAACCGAUACACUCUAUGGCCUGGCGGCGGAUGCGUGCUCUAGAGUGGCCGUGGAGAGGAUUUACGACAUCAAGGGCCGGAAUGCCGGCAGUCCCCUGGCCGUGUGCGUGGCCGACGUCCCCGACUUGAAGAGAUACGCUCGGAUCGAUCAUCUUCCAGACGCUCUCCUGCACGAUUUGCUCCCGGGGCCCGUGACUCUCGUCUUGAAUCGAGGUGACAAGAGCGAGCUGGAGAAAUCGCUGAAUCCUGGAUUGCUGAGCAUUGGCAUCCGGAUUCCAGACAGCGAUUUCAUACGCUCGGUUGCGAGAGCUUUCGACGGAGCGCUCGCUCUCACCAGCGCCAACACGAGCAGCAGGCCCAGCAGCAUCUGCGUGGAGGAAUUCGAGCACUUGUGGCCCCAGUGCGCCGCGGUUUUCGAUGCCGGGGAGCUCUCGGCUGGCCGAGCGGGAUCGACAAUAGUGGAUCUCACGGCAGAAGCCAGCUUUAAAGUUCUUCGAGCUGGAAGUGCCUUGCAAGAAACAAAAAAAUGCCUCAUUAGACAUGGUCUAAGCGAACGGAGUUAAGUCAACGAGGGCCAGUCAACCAUUUGACUGUUAUUAGGGUUUAUCCAAGAAGGAAUAUUCUCUGACUCAUGAUCCAGAAAAUGAAUGGGGUUUAGCAAUCGCAAUGCUCAAAAUCUAUCAA